AUGCACCGUCUUUGGCUCGCCCUGCUCCUCAGCGCGGCGCUCGUCACCUCGACCAACGCGCUCGCAUGUCCUGGGACUGAAGGUUUGAUCUACGGGCCAGGCGGCGGCGUCUGGUGCUGCCACGGCCUCACCUUCAGCGUCUGGGGCGGUCCGGGCGACGAUGUGGGCGCCAACGCGGGCGCUACGGCCAGUGGGCGCGCGACUGGAACGUUCGACAAGACGACCCCGGCGACGACGCUCAAGGCGGCCAUCCUCCUCAACAUCAAGGACGGCCAGGAGCUCGAGUCGCCGGCAGGGUCCGUGCGAGGCGUCGACUACGGCUUGGGCGGCGGCUACUCGGCGAUCGCCGACGCGGCGUGCCUCGAGGGCCGCAGUAGCCUCGAGUUCAGCGAGGGCGACGAGUGCCGCUGGCUCGUCGCAGCAGGCGGCGGUGGAGCGGGUCCUUCUUCCGAUGGGUCGUCGUCAACGUGCGACUCGUUCGAGUCGACGUCUGCUGGUGGUCGUCCAGACGCUCAAGGUCUUUACAAGGGAGGCGGCGGCGGCGGCGGCAUCCGUGGCGGCGCAGCAUCGCCGUCGGGUCAAGGUUGCGCAGGUUCCGAGGGGCUCGUCGAGCAAAUCGCGGACAUCAGCGACCGGUCCAGCCUACCGCCGGUCGGCUCCCCACGCGCUCAGAUCCGGUUCCAGCUCGAGGGCCGUUGCGAGCUCCUCGUCGAGGGCGACGUGACGACCGUACCUUCCUCGAUCGACAUCUCGACCCGGUACCGCCGAGCAACAAAGGCGACGGUCACCGUCGACGCUGGAACGACGAUCAGCCGCGUUUACAGCACGCAGACGUUCACGGCGCUCGACAUCUCGACGUCGACGAUCACGCUCACGGGCCCGACCACGACUAUCCUCACGACGGCCACGAGCGCCACAACCCCUCCCACGGCGACUGUGACCGAGCAGACUGACGUUCGCAACCUUCCUUCAGGACGGCCCCCUGUCGCGACGACGACCGUCUUUGAGACUGUCACAACCGAGCCGGCGACUGUGGUGGCCUCCCAGACUGCGACAGCUGAAGCUUCGUCGUGCUCGUCUUAUCGUGUCGUCUACCCGGCCGCCUGCUGCCCGGCUCAAUACUUGCCGCUCGAGUCGGUCGAGGCUCUCGAGCGUCGCGACGGCGAGUGGCUCCAGCCGGGCGACUACGUCACCUGGUACGCGACGACGGUGACCGAGAGCGUUUUGACGACGACGACGACAAUCGACUGGCCGCCUGUCAAGACGGUCAGCAGCACCUUCGUGUACACCUUGACAGAAGGUGUCGAAGGCCCUUGGGUGACCAACUACGAGACGACUCGACGCACGAUUCGCGUGCCUGGCCCACGCUCCACGUCGACCACCAUCGCCUACAGCGAGGCACCAACGCCGCUCGUGACGAGCACCUCGACGCGCUUCCUCCGGGCGCCCCUCAGCGUUCUCACGCCGCUCCUCUUCCCGACGACGACGAUCACGGUCUCGACGACGACGACGCUCCCGACGCCGACGACGACGGUCACGUCGAGCCCGAGCGCUGCGUGCGCCGUGGAGACGGUGCAGGCGUUCGCUCUCGACAAGUGCCCGUACGCGAACAGCGUCGGCGCCCAGACGAGGCUUCAAGCCGUGCAGCAAACGAGGCUCGAGGGCUACAAGGCGAAGAGCGGCGGGCAGCCGGUCGUCGUCGACUGCGGGUCGAGCGGGUCUUUCACGUACUAG